UCUUCUCUCCCCCUCAAUAUCUCUCAAGUUCUCUACCAAAAGCUAGAAGUAACUCUUCUUCCCUUGCUUUCAAGACUGAACAAAACCCCACAUAACUUUUCGUCUCUCCAUGGCUGCAUCUACUAGAGCCUCCAACUCCGGUAAUUGGGCUACAACCCAAUUCCCUCAACUUCUUUCCUCUUGUUCUCUGCUGGAUUUGGGCUCUAUUUCCUUUACCAAAAGCAAGCCCAAUAGUAAAAGAACCAAAAUUCACUGCGCUCUACACUCCUCUGUUCUCCAUUUCCCUGAACGGCCCUAUCAAGCACCGGUAACUCCCAAAGAUGACUCCUUUCUUACUGUAAAACGCAAAACUGCCCACCUUCAACCGCCGCAGUGGAACCUCUUUCAAAGAGCAGCAGCCGUAGCUUUGGACAUGGCAGAAGAUGCGUUGGUCUCUCACGAGCGCCAACACCAACUGCCCAAAACUGCUGAUCCAAGAGUCCAAAUCUCCGGAAACUAUGCUCCCGUGACUGAACAGCCCGUCCGGCAGAAGCUUCCUAUCACCGGAACUAUGCCUGAAUGCAUUAACGGUGUCUAUGUGAGAAACGGUGCCAACCCACUUUUUGAGCCGAUCGCCGGUCACCAUUUAUUUGACGGAGACGGCAUGGUUCACGCUGUUACCAUUGAUAAAGGCAAUGCAAGUUAUGCUUGUCGUUUCACUGAAACAGAAAGGCUGAAACAAGAGAGAGUUUUGGGCAGGCCAGUGUUUCCUAAAGCAAUAGGCGAGCUACAUGGCCACUCUGGUAUAGCAAGAUUACUGCUUUUCUAUGCCAGAGGAUUAUGUGGGCUCGUUGAUCACACCAAAGGAACUGGAGUGGCCAACGCCGGGCUUGUCUACUUCAAUGACAGGCUUCUUGCCAUGUCUGAGGACGAUGUUCCUUACCAAGUGCGAGUCACUGCCAGUGGCGAUCUUGAAACUGUUGGCCGAUACAAUUUCAAUGGCCAACUUAACCACACAAUGAUUGCCCACCCAAAAAUUGAUCCAGUUUCGAAGGAGCUAUUUGCUCUGAGUUACGACGUCGUCCAAAAGCCGUACCUCAAGUACUUCCGAUUCUUCCCCGAUGGGACAAAAUCACCGGAUGUCGAUAUCCCUCUCCCAGUGCCAACCAUGAUGCAUGAUUUCGCUAUCACUGAGAAUUUCGUGGUGAUACCUGACCAACAAGUCGUUUUCAAGCUUCAAGAAAUGAUAAGAGGUGGCUCUCCGGUUAUUUAUGACAAGGACAAGAAGUCACGGUUUGGGAUUCUUGCAAAGAAUGCUGGUGAUGCUAAGGAUAUUAUCUGGGUGGAAUCACCGGACACUUUCUGCUUCCAUUUAUGGAAUGCAUGGGAGGAGCCGGAAUCCGAUGAAGUAGUGGUAAUCGGAUCUUGCAUGACUCCACCGGACUCCAUCUUCAACGAAAGCGACGAGAGUUUAGAGAGCGUAUUAUCAGAAAUCAGGCUCAAUUUGAAGACGGGUAAGUCCACGCGCCGCCCCAUAAUUAAAGAAUCAAACCAAGUGAAUUUAGAGGCCGGGAUGGUGAACAGGAACAGGCUGGGGAGAAAGACUCAGUACGCUUACCUAGCCAUUGUUGAGCCCUGGCCUAAGGUGUCUGGUUUCGCCAAGGUGGAUCUUUUUACAGGCGAGGUAAAGAAAUAUAUAUACGGCGAUAAAAAAUAUGGUGGGGAGCCAUUUUUCCUGCCAAGGGACCCUAAUAGCGAAUCAGACGAUGAUGGGUACAUUCUUGCUUUUGUCCAUGACGAGAAGAAGUGGAAAUCGGAACUUCAAAUUGUGAAUGCCAUGAAUUUACAGUUAGAAGCCACGGUUAAGCUACCUUCCAGGGUUCCCUACGGGUUUCAUGGCACAUUCAUUGACUCAAACGACCUGGUGAAUCAAGCAUAGCCUUAUUUACUACUACCUGCAGCUACAAAGGGUUAUGUUUAAUACUUCCUUUUUUUCUCGUUCUUUACUUGUUUGUGUGAAAAUUACCCAAGAAAGGAGAUUAUUACCUGAGGGAUGGUGGUUUUGUCCCCGGAAUCUCCUGGACAUUAAAAACCCUAACAACCGUUUUGUUUUUGUUAGGUUUAUAGAGUUUUUUUUUUUUUCCUUCUCUUUUUUAUUAUUAUUAAGUUUUAAAGGAACCAGCUUGUAGCUUUGGACUGUAGUACUGUAGUAGAAUCGAAGCUCAGCUGGUUUCUGCUUCUCUUCUUUUGUCGGUCUUUGGGUUCUCCGAGAAAGGGAAGGGAAAUUGCUUGUUAGCAAGCUAGGAUUACUACUACCUCCAAUCCUUAUACUCCUGCUUGUAGAUAAUAAAUAUUUACAGUUUACUCU